CCAAUAUUUAAGAAUAAAGAAUGCAUCAUCAGAAACGCAGAGAGACACGUGUGAGCGCAGCACCGACGCGUGCUAUUGUGUCUUCGGAGCCGCAGGCUCCGCCGCAAAGGCUCGCUCGAGGUCGUCGAGGGGUACCGGGAGGGGAUCGGAGGGCCCCCGACCAGCCCCGACACGAUGGAGAAUGGGAAUGUCAUGGCGGCGGACGCUGGUUGGGGUAGAUAGGUAGGUAGGUAGGUAGAUAACCGCGGGAGGCAUUGGCGACGUAUGGGCAGGUAUGGCGAAGCGAGUAUGAUACACCCCGCGAUGAGUUGACAAUGAGUGAAUCACACAUGGACGGUUCGUGAAAUACGAUCGAGUAAACGGCCACGGAAACUUGGUGAAAGUUCUUUCAACGGAGAAGAUACGAGAAAUUGAGCACACGAAUACGAAUGUAAGGAGAAAGAGCUGCGUGCGCGCGCGUGUUUCGGCGUCAUGUAUCCGAAGAGCGUGCUACUGUUGCUUGUCGUCGAUUGUGGUAUCUCAGGAUUGAGGAACGCGCUCGCCGAUACCGAGACGCGACCCGCCGAAAGCAGCCAGACAGACGGUGCCGGUACGACUUCGGUGAACAUCGGUAAAUGUUGCGAGCCCGAAGAGCUGCUGCUCGACGACCGGUGCACGCCGUUGACGGAGGUCAACGAGACCAAGUGGCGACCGGAAUUCGUGGCGGAAUCGCGAGACGUGACAAUUGGGAGAUCGAGAUUCGUCGUGCCAAAAUACGAAUUGAAGAUCGGACGGCCCAGGUGUAACCCCGACGAGCAUCAAUGGCACGUGUACUAUUAUCCGUCCGGGCCGGAUCGCCUGGCGAUUCUACCGACCGGUGUGCUACGUCACUACAUCAUCGAUUUAACUAAAGCUGCGGACGAAAACAGCGGCGUCUACGGCGCCGUGGUGCCGAAUCUCGACAGCGACGAUGAUGUCGAUGUUGAACGUGCGACCAUACACUACGACUAUCCGUUCGGACAUUAUUGCGCUGACAAGGCGGUGCUCAGCGAUGAUAAGCUGGUGGCGACAUACGCCAUGCUCUGCGUGCCGGACAUCGCCGUGCGUUGGACCGACACCAACUACCUGAUGAGGCACGCGAUCGAUCCCGCUUUCCACGCCGUGUCGAUGGCUUGCUAUCUGAUCGUCGCGGUGGUUUACUUUGUGCUGCCGCAGCUGCGCGACCUCGUCGGCAACAUCAUCACCAGCAUGACUCUCUGCCUCGUGGUCAAUCAGUGCGCCUCCACCGUCAGGAUAUUCACAGAGUUCGGCAAUCACGUCAGCUUCAUGAUCGCCGACACUGUCAUGUAUGUUUCCCUAAUGGCUGCCUUCUUCUGGCUCAGCGCCCUGGGCUACUACGUGUGGAACACAUUCAGGUCACGCAACGUUUUCCUGAGGGUGACCGAUGGUAGGAAAUACUGCUACUACUCGUCGUGGGUCUGGUGUCUGACGAUCUGUAUAGCCAGUACUGCGAUCUUUGCGCACUUCGCCCUCGAGACAAACAAGCCCACCGUGGGCGGCACGACCUAUCCCGCCCAGGAGACCGUGGGCUGGCUCGGGAUCUCCGUGAUGUUCAUGUGUAUCGCCUUCACCGUCGUGAUCGAUCUCUGCUUUGUGCUGACGACCGCGAACAGGAUCAAACGGAUGAGCACGUACGGCCGAAUUCAUCACAAAAUGAAGUACAGCUUUCGCAUGUUCGUUCUUCUGUAUGCGAUCCUGAGCACCGGCUGGUUCUCGCUUCUACUUUCACGGCUCAAAUUCGAUGCUCUGAUAUACUGCCAUAUCAUCGUGAACCUGCUGCAGGCAUUAUUCGUACUCUACGUAUGCGUGUUCGGUCAGCGCAGGGUCACGUUCCUGCUCGGAAAAACGUGCAACUGUUGCAAUCCUGGGGACAACACCGAGGGUCUCGAUUGGGGCGAGGAGAUGACAGCCAUCAAUGCGGGUUAUUAACGCGGCAUUUAUCUUUUAUAGAUUACGAUCUGUGACGCGUAAUGUAAUCCUGAUCGGAAUCGUAAUCAAGCAAUAACGAUCAUCGCGCGUUUAGAUCGUGAACUUGCGCGAAUGGCCAUAAGUGAGGUAUACAAAAAAUACCGGAGAUGCAUUUAUGUACGAAAUGAAAAACAUUCUAUACAUUCUAUACGCCAAAGUAUAUAUUCGAGAAUUGACGAUAUAUAUAUUCUUCGUGCGAGAUCAAAAACUUGCCUUGAGAUUUAUCUUAAAAAGUCACAGCUCUUUCAUAAACGUAUACUUUUCACGUAAUUUUUGUUAUAUUUAUAUAUAUAUAUAUAUAUAUUACAUAUAUAUUAAGCAUAAAUACAUGCAUAUAUGUAUAUAUAUGCAAUAUAUAAUAUAUAUAAUACAUAUGCACAUAUAUAAAUAUAUAUGCAUAUAUAUUAAAACCAAAAGAAAUAUUCUUUAUGGAGUGUAAAAAAUGCGUGGAUAUGUAUUUUAUAUUCCAGAAAGAAACAGUAUUAUAUACGUAGUAACGUUAUUAUAUAAAAGUAAACGUAAAACGUGCAGAAAGAUAUAUAAAAAGAGAAAUACGUAUAUAUGUAUAUCCGAGACAAUAUUGAGAAAGAUAAAAUGUAUUGGCAGCAAUAUAUUGUAAAUAAUUAUGCAAAAAUUAGGGUGAUCGAAUCAAUGUAGAAGUAGAGAACAAACAAAGCAUGAAAAGUUGUUGAAUCUCAGACACAUUGAAGAGGAUCUUAGAAAUUAAAAAAAUUUUUAGGAAGUUAUAUAUGUGAAAUACAUAAUCAAUUAAAAUGUUUGAAUUGAUAAGCAAAUGACACGGCACUGGUAAAAUUGUUUAUCUGAUAUUUCAUGUUUGGUGAUUAUACGUGCCUUAAAUGAAAUCAAUUUCUUGCCUUAUAAAAAUGUAUGCGAGACGUUUUUUUGAUACUUCACAAUUUUAACACAUCUAAUAUCUUGCAUGUAUCAAUGUUUAUAGCAUAUUAUGUCAUCAUAAAUGUACUGAUAGGUUCUAUAUAUAAAAUCGAUUAUAUUGUGCAAUAUCAAUUACCGUAUUUAAUUAACAAACAAAUCUGUUAUGCAAAUGUGUUGCACAAUAUAGUUAAUUAUGUGUCACUGAGCCUUAAAUGAUUUUAUACUUUUAAUGAUAUUUGCAUAGUAUUUAUAUCUAUAUAACAUAUAUGUGUGUAUAUAUAUAAAAUUCGAUUUUUGUAUGAAAAAUAUGAGAUUAGAUUCGAUAAAUGAAUUCGAAUCGAUAUCCUGGAUUAAAUUAUUUGACACAUCUUGUCUAUAACAUA